AUGAAGCAAGAAUCGGCGACAAGCAAUACCAGACACCAAGGGUUCGUCUGCAACAGGCUAAAAGACCUGAUGAAGGGGAUCAGGUCGAUCGCUUGUCGGCAGAUCAGCUUAUCCCAGCGGGGUCCCGCCUUCCUUGCAACGAGCGGAACUACAGUCAAAGAACCCGAGCGCGAUGUUGGGGAUACUAUGAAUCUGAGUCCAGAGCAGCUCUUGAUCGAGGCAGUCACCAAGGCGACUGGUGGCUACGAUCAUGGUGCAGUCUACAAGAACAUGACAUACGGCUUGGCCAGCGAAAAACGCUACCGACUUACCCGCGCUAGUUCAGGUCUUUACAAGAUCGAGAGCGAUCAACAAAAUGACCACAAGAGCGGUGGACAGCUCUCGGUCUGCAUCACCCCCCAGCGUAAUCGCUACGAGGAGCGCGAUCGUUUCGCCCACUACCAGGACCCGCUUCAGCGCGACCAGCCUAUCAAUUUCGAAGAAGAGACGAGGAACUUCGACCGCUUGCGCGAAUGGCUGGAUGGUGUUCCGCUGGAUCAUGGCGACUGGAGAGCGGACACGGAAGAAGACGGAGAGGAUGAGAGGCUAAGCGAUGACAUCAACAGGCAUCUGAACGAUCACAUCAAUCGAGUGACGAGAGACUACAGACCUGGUGAGACUAUUGCCCGGAUCAAGGAUGUCAUGGAUGGACGCCACCGAUACCAUCGCGCUCGCCAAAGCGAAGAGAACAAUCGUGCCACGGGCGAUGAUCAGGCUGCGGUCGACUAUUCAGAACGCUUUAUGUCAUCUGUUAAAGUAGCUCAAGUCGCACGAAGUUUGAUGCAGACAGGGAGCAGUGAUGAAGUCGCGCUCAUCUCGGUGGUUAUUGGAAACGUUGUCAACAGAGACAAGGGUAUCGCAACUGUGAGGGACUCGAAACUUGACAAGGCAGCGUAUGUACAUCUUGGAGGCGAAGAGGCCUAUGAUCUCUGA